CUCUGGAGGCUGAGGCAGGAGGAUGGCGAGCUCUUCAGACCUCCAGCUGGCCAUGUGGUGAGUUCAGAGAACUGAUCAGGGCGUACCAUAGUCAUCAGAGAACUCCUGUCUGUUCUGAACUGAUUCACACCAGCUCCAAGCCUGGAAGGAUGGUGUCACAGUCAAUAGGCCGGCGGGAUUCUCCUGCGUACCUCUGGGAAGGGAUCAGUCAUGACACUGGCAGCUCACCCAGUAUCCUGGACACUGACCACCCUCUUUGCCAAGUAGACAUCAGGGUCACGAGGCACAAAGCUGCCUGGAUUAACCCCCUGUGUGUGCAGCAGCAAAUGCCGGAUUUACCCCUCCAGGUGCCAAAAGUGGGGACUAGGGGGAACCAUUUUGUGAUGGAUGCUGCCUCCCCCUUGGGCCCUUCACCAUCGUCUCUUGGGGGUCCCAUGGCAGAGACCUCAUUGUCUGAGAAUUCUGUGGCCUCCAAGGGUUCAGGUGAAAAGAACAGUCACUUCUUCACCUCCACAGAAGAGCCAGAGUUGUUCCCAGCACCUUCUCAGCGAGUGUCUCUGCUCAAGAGCCCUGAGAUUUUGGCCUCUUCCCCAUGUCCUGAAACUGACAGUGCUGUUUUUGAGUCUUCCCACUUGACUGCUUCUGCUGAUGAAGGUGCUGUUCAAAUAAGGAGAAGAGCCAUUUCUUUGAAUUCCUUCUUACCAGAGGCAUGUGUAUUACCUGUUGACAUAGAAAAGGAGAAUGCCUACUUUUAUGUUGCUGAUAUGAUUAUAUCAGCUAUGGAGAAAAUGAAGUAUGACAUCRUGAGUCAACAGCAGGCGGAGAGCUGGAGCAUACAAGAAGCCAGUGGGUCCCUUGGGAGUGACCAAGUUGACUCUGAAAUGACCAUUUAUACCAACCCAAAGCAAGAAUCUGGGUCUUCCACUUCCUCUGACAGUGGCUAUGAAGGUUGUGCUGUGUUACAGGUCAGCCCCAAGGUCGAAACACCUUCUCACUCUAAUGUGGUGCAAGAGGCCUGCAGAUGCAGCCUUGAUGAAUUUGUUAUUGUAGAAGUUGGAGAGUUUAAUGAUAUCAAAGAAACUUGUAGCUGUUCCUACAGGUCCUGUAAGAGUGUUUCUCAUGAGGCAGACUUCAAUUCUCCUGAGCUGUUAGCCAAAGAGUUGUACCAAGUAUUCCAGAAGUGCUGGGUAUCGUCAGCAGUUAAGUAUCAGCUGGCAGAUUCCCUGAAUGCAAGUGAUUCAGGAGUUGCAAAUGAAGAAAAUGUCCGAAAAGACUUUGAAUCCAGUAUGGAUAUAGAACAGGACAUUCAAUUUAAGUCUAGGAUCAGAGGGACUGAAGACUGGGCUCCCCCUAGAUUUCAGAUCAUACUUGAUCUUCAUCCACCACUCAAGAGGGAGCUGGUGGUAGUGGCCCAGAAUUUCCUCUGUGCUGGCUGUGGAACUCCAAUAGAGCCUAGUAAGUAUGGAUAA